CCGACGCGCUACUUUUCCCAAUCAGCGAAUCAAACUACGUUAUUUUUGCGGAACUCAAAGGGUCCCGCCGGCGGUAGAUAAUAGAAUAACUCAUGACUAAGUAAAGCCCGUGGGGUUCUUACAACUUCACAGUUCCUCACUCUCUCUCAGUCUCACGUCAGGUCUGGUCUAGGCUUUUCUCUCUCGUAGUCGCGCUGAGCUGAGUUAGGGUUGGGUUCUUGACUCCUAGUCGAGAAAUGAAGCACAAGUGCGAGAAAAUGAAUAGUUCUAAGCUAGUGACUUAUGUGCUUCUCGGACUCAUUGUUGUUCUUGGGUUGGUUUGUUUGUACUACGGGUCGUUUUCGGCCCCGGGACUCCGUAGAUCGGACGAUGAUUCUUUCGAUGGAUCUGACCCGGUUUUAGGCGGUUUUGCAGGGAACAAAGAUUUUGAUGACUUGUUUGAAGAUCAAGAGCUCAAUCCUGAAGUGCCCAAAAGCAUCCCUAUCUGUGAUAUGAAAUAUUCAGAGUUGAUACCAUGUCUAGAUAGAAACCUUAUUUAUCAAUUAAAACUAAAGCCUAAUUUGACAUUAAUGGAGCAUUAUGAGCGGCAUUGUCCACCUCCAGAGCGGCGUUACAAUUGCCUGGUUCCACCUCCAAAGGGUUACAAGAUUCCUAUAAAGUGGCCAGCAAGCAGAGAUGAAGUGUGGAAGGCUAAUAUACCUCAUACACAUCUGGCAGAAGAGAAGUCAGAUCAGCAUUGGAUGGUUGUAAAUGGAGACAAGAUAAAUUUCCCUGGUGGAGGGACCCAUUUCCAUGAUGGAGCGGACAAGUACAUUGUUGCUCUUUCCAGGAUGCUUAAAUUUCCUGGUGAUAAGCUCCACAAUGGCGGAAACAUCAGGAAUGUUCUUGAUGUGGGUUGCGUUGCAAGUUUCGGAGCCUAUCUUCUUUCCCAUGAUAUUGUAGCUAUGUCCUUAGCACCUAAUGAUGUACACGAGAACCAGAUACAGUUUGCACUGGAGAGGGGCAUUCCAUCAACUCUAGGUGUCUUGGGAACUAAACGACUUCCUUAUCCAAGCAGAUCAUUUGAACUUGCACAUUGUUCACGAUGUCGGAUUGAUUGGCUUCAGAGAGAUGGGAUUCUCUUAUUGGAACUUGACAGAUUAUUAAGACCAGGAGGGUAUUUUGUGUAUUCUUCUCCUGAAGCCUAUGCACAUGAUCCAGAAAAUCGAAGAAUCUGGAAUGCUAUGUAUGAUCUUCUGAGAAGCAUGUGCUGGAGAGUUGUUUCCAAGAAAGACCAGACUGUUAUAUGGGCAAAGCCAGUAAGCAAUAGCUGUUACUUGAAGAGAGAACCUGGAACGCGGCCUCCUUUAUGUGGGCCUGAAGAUGACCCGGAUGUUACAUGGAAUGUGCUCAUGAAAGCAUGCAUCUUCCCUUACUCAGCUAAGAUGCACCAGGAAAAAGGUAGUGGACUAGUUCCUUGGCCAAUGAGGCUUACUGCAGCACCCCCUCGACUAGCAGAAAUUGGUGUCAGCCCAGAGGAAUUCCGCCGAGACUCUAAUAUAUGGCUAGCUAGAGUGACUGAGUAUUGGAAGCAAAUGAAAUCUGUUGUACAGAAAAAUUCCUUAAGAAAUGUUAUGGAUAUGAACUCUAACCUUGGGGGAUUUGCUUCUGCCCUCAAAGAUAAAGAUGUUUGGGUGAUGAAUGUUGCUCCCUUCCACAUGUCUGCAAGAUUGAAGAUAAUUUAUGAUCGAGGUCUCAUUGGAACUGUUCAUGAUUGGUGUGAAGCAUUCUCGACUUAUCCUCGAACAUAUGAUCUUCUUCAUGCCUGGAAAGUAUUUUCAGAGAUUGAGGAGCUUGGUUGUGGAAUAGAGGAUUUACUAAUUGAAAUGGAUAGAAUGCUGCGGCCAGAUGGAUAUGUAAUUAUAAGAGACAAACCUUCUAUAAUAAACUAUAUCCGAAAGUUUGUGACUGCCUUAAGGUGGGAUGGCUGGAUAUCAGAAGUUGAACCAAGGAUUGAUGCUCUCUCCUCUGGUGAAGAAAGAGUUUUGAUUGCAAGAAAGAAAUUGUGGGACAAUGGUGUUAUGGCAAUCUGAAACUGGCCUCUUCUGCCAGGUAUAUUGUCAUGUAUGCAAUUUGAAACGUCGAGGGGUUUUUUUGAAACGGAUUGUUCUUUCUCUUUCUUUUAUAAUUCUCAUCCUCCCCCAAGAAAAUUUGGAGUAUGUUAUGUCUAUUCAAACUUAAUACUCUAGUUCCUGUUAUAAAGUUCAUGUACAUCUUCGUUCCUUUGAAGCCAUGUUGAUCGCACUUCUGGGAUCUUUCACAUUUCACUAGAGAUAAAAUGAGUUUGAAGCUGGACCUGCCUACAGUUGGCAUUUGAUACAGUUAUUUUUUUUUUCUAUCCGGCUAGAUGAAGAUUCUACAACAGCUUCAUAUACAAAGGGUUGCAGACUUGCAGUACAUUUAUAUCUCAGAAGUUGCAGCCGUAUAGAGAUAAGAGUCUCAAGCAGCCAAAAGCAACAAGAAGAACAGAAGCAGACAUGUAAUAUCUUGGAGGAUAUUGUACUUGUGGGAUGUAUGUUUUUCAUAUCAACUAAUGUUACUUAGAAAGUAAUUAGUGUAAUUUAAUUGCAGGUAUUCUUGGAUUCUAUUUUCCUAUCUCCAGUGGUUCUUCUAGUUUUGCCAGGAUCUUAAAUUAGUGGAGAUAGACGCCUGUAUAUAACCAUGGAAUUGCGAAUUAUAAAUAGAACUUUACUAAUUUGUGGAGA